AUUGACCAGACAGGAAUAUCAUGAAGAGGGAGAUUGUCGCCAAUCCUCCUGAACCCGCAGAGCUCUAGAGCUGCUGGACAUCACUCUGCUCUGACAGUUCUCCGCCAGUAGGCGUAUGGGCAGCAGAUGGAGGGGAUAUGAAGGGCUGAGGCGAGCCAAAACCUGACCACUGAAGCUCCAUUGUGUAACGCACUCCAGUACCGCAGCCUGCUGGAGAACCUGGACGAUGUAGAACCCGGAGGAACUUCUCUUUCGAGAGACGCUGCAUCGCAGCAGCAAUGAAGCUCCCAGUCUGGGCUUUAUCAACAGCCACGAACGAGUUUCUACUGCAUUAGCCACUGGCGCAUUUUAGCGGUUUUUAAAUUCGUUGUCAAGCGCAUUUUUUCUACCAUCUUAAGAUGAAAUUUCCAACGGAAAACCCCAGGAAGCCAGGGACCAACCUCGGACCACCUCCAGUGGCAGUGCAGACCAACCUGGUUCCACCAAAGAAGGUCCAGCCAGGGAUGCUGCAGUCCAGCCUGGUGCAGGCCAGCGUGGCCACCAUGCAGAACCCAAUGGGCUGCGCCGUACCUCGUCUGUCAAUGUCCCGGCCGGCCAGCAUGGUGGCCAGCAUGGAGGCGGUGGCCGAUGGCUCAGCUCUGCUGACCGUCAUGAAGUGGAAGACGGUGCUGGCCGUGUUCGUGGUGGUGGUGGCCUAUCUAGUCGCCGGUGGCCUGGCCUUCCGAGCCCUGGAGCAGCCAUUCGAGAGUAACCAGAAGGACACCAUCACUGCAGAGAAGGCCGCCUUUCUGCAGAAGCAUCCCUGCGUCACGCCCAUUGAGCUGGAGGAGCUCAUCAAGCACUCCAUAGAUGCGUUCAGUGCUGGAGUCAGUCCCAUAGGAGACACCACCUACAACUUCAGCUACUGGGACCUGGGCAGUGCCUUCUUCUUCGCCGGAACGGUCAUCACUACCAUAGGCUACGGCAACAUUGCCCCGAGCACAGAGGGCGGCAAGAUCUUCUGUAUCCUCUAUGCGAUUUUUGGCAUCCCUCUUUUCGGCUUCCUGCUGGCUGGCGUCGGGGACCAGCUGGGGACCAUCUUUGUGAAGACCAUCGCCAAAGUGGAGAAAAUGUUCAGGCGUAAACACAACCAGAUCAGUCAGACGAAGAUCCGUGUGGCCUCCACCCUCCUUUUCAUCCUGGCUGGCUGCAUCGUCUUCGUCACCAUCCCUGCUGUCAUCUUCAAACACAUAGAGGGCUGGACGGCACUAGAGGCCAUUUAUUUUGUGGUUAUCACACUGACGACGGUGGGCAUUGGAGAUUAUGUUGCAGGAGGUAACAGAAGAAUAGAGUAUUAUAAAUGGUACAAGCCACUGGUCUGGUUCUGGAUCCUGGUUGGUUUGGCCUAUUUCGCUGCUGUCCUGAGCAUGAUCGGAGACUGGCUGAGAGUCCUCUCCAAGAAGACAAAGGAGGAGGUUGGGGAGUUUAAAGCCCAUGCAGCCGAGUGGAAAGCGAAUGUGAGGGCUGAGUUCAGGGAGACGAGGCGUCGGCUCAGCGUUGAAGUUCACGACAAACUGCAACGUGCGGCCACCAUCCGCAGCAUGGAGCGCCGGCAGCUCGGUCUGGACCAGCGAGCUCAUUCCCUGGACAUGCUGUCCCCUGAGAGAAGAGCAGCCUUUAACAGCCUGGACACCAACCACUUCAAGACCUCCUCACAGGAGAGCAUCGACACGAAGCUGAACAACCUGCGUCUGCGGGUGGAGCAGAGCGAACACCGGCGCAGCGAUCCAAACCAGGCCUCAUCCGAGGACAACAUCUUCAACCGGCUGAGCUCGGUCACCAAGCUGACUAAGCGCACCAAGACCAGAGAGCUGAAGAAGAACAUUCCAGGAGAUGGACGAAGGGCCAACAGCGCCAUGGACGAAGAGAAGAAGGAGAUGGAGGAAGAGGAGCUGGAGAAGGAUAUCAACACCAGCCUGACCAACUUGCCUCUGUUUGUGGAGAGCCCGAAAUAUCAGAACGGAUUCAUACCAGUGCCACUACAGACCAAAGAAGAAGAAGAAGAGGAGGAGAGCAAGAAAAAACUUGAACAGAGCGAGUUUCAUGUGCAGAUGGACGCCUAGACAAGAAACGUGGUUUUUAGGAGAACACAAGUGCCUUAUUUCACCUGUUGCCCCAAUGGGAAACCUGAUGUUUGAUGUUUGUCGAACUGUUCACUGUGUCCUGACAACUUGAUCAAAGAAAGAGUAACUAAUGCAACAAGAAAUCUGAAAGAAACCUUGGUCCCUACUGGUGACCAGACCACUGAAUUGUAACAAGCUGGUAAAGACUAGCAGAGUGUUAAACAACACUUAUGGAACCAUAGCAAACUGCAAUGAUGAGACUGAACUUACUUCAUUAUGAAGCUUUCCUUAUGGAAGACUUUGGCAUGAAACCCUGGGAUCAUUCAGCUUAGUUGCAAAAUUGCAAGCAAGUUGCAGAGAGACUCUCCCUCAGAUAUUCAGUAUAUAUAUAUCCCCCAAAUUCAGAUUCCCCCAAAGAUAGUAUAGAAUGAAGGACAAGUCUCUGAAGAAGAGCCACUGAGGUUCAAACUAAAAAACGUUGCAUGGUCUUGGAUCUUUAACGUCCUCUUAAGAGUACUGUGUUCCAGUAAUGCUGUCCAUUUCAUGAAUACUACCAAUGAAAUCUCAGGGCUUGUGGUCCAACCCUAGUUGUUGUUAUGUAAGGUAUGUCUGAUGUAUGCUGCAUUCACACUCAAAAUAAAAACCACGUUCAUUGCGUCAGUUUCACUGCAACUGUGUGAUUUGACAGCUUAUAUGACAAUGGAAUGGAAGCCAAGCCAUAAGGUAGAGAAGGAUGAUCGCCAGGGCCAUUUCUGAACAUUUGGGUAUCUCCAACCACCCCAUUAUCAAAUAAUUUAAUUUGUAUGCAAGUAUGAAAUACUUUCAUAAUCUUUAGGUCAGCAGGAGCGCCAAGUGUUCAAGUGUAAACUAGCUAGAUGAGCAUGAGAAAAGCAAAGAAUGCAUGAAUAUACAGUAUUUUUGCAGCCCAAAUUGUAUGUGUGAAGUAAAAGAAACUAGACUGAACACACCCUACAAUAGUUUUGCUUAACAACUAGCUUGGGAGAGAGCUAACAGUCUAACAGACUACUCCAGUAAUAUUUAGAGUUAAGCUUCAGGGUAAACUAGGGGUUGCACGACUUCAGAUUUUUUAAAGCUGAGAGUUAUGUGAUGGAAGUCAAGUUGAUGUCUACCAAUCGCUGAUGACAUCAUGCCAUAAAUAAGAGUAACUGAUUUCAAACUGCACAGGAUUACAGGGCGUUAUGCUACUCUCCAAUCACACAGGACUUUUCAUUGUAGUCUUCAGGAAACCAGAUAUAACUACGUUCAAUAUCUGAUCUUUGAAGCGCUGUAGAUCAGCAGAGAAAUGUUACAACUUUCCCAAACUCCACAGGUCAGUACAGCAUGACACAGCCUUUUCAGCAAGGCUUGGCAUUGCUAGCCUUCAGGAAGCCAGAGAUAUGGACCCCAAAAAAGACUCCUCACUUGCGGUCUUCUCUAAAGUGUCCAUGUUGUUCGUGUCAUAAUCACACGAUCAGCGACUUUUUUGACAUCAAGCUUAAAGCGUCAUCGCUGAUCAAUAAGUUGACAAGUCUGUGCAACCCCUAGGAUAAAAUACAUUUACUAAAGAAUUGGGACCGACAAAGUAAAGAAUACUCUUUUCAGAUCACAAGGGGGCCCCCUGAGACAGCUUGAACCACAGAAAAACAGUUUUUCAGAAGUUCCUCCACCUUUAAGGUACAUCUUUAGAAGGGGAGUUUCCUAGUCUGCACUGCUCUAGGAGGACAGUAGAGGUGUAGAGAUGGUUCAUUUUUCAUUUUGGCAGGAAUGUCCCUUUAAUUAACGACACGCUCAUGGGGGCACCUUGGUGGUUGGAGGCCCUAAGCAACUGCUUAUACCACUUAUAGGCAGAACUUACAGCAAGAAACGGCCCUGGUGUUUGUUUUGACUUUACAGACCGGGGUUGAUGCACUUUUUAGGGUAUGAUGGCAAAGCAGUAUGUCGUCUGAUAAGUGUAAUCACUCACUAUACACUUCAUUGUCACACUUAGCACUUUCUGACAAGCCAGAGCUUUAUUUGAUUUAUUUUGAACUUUCAGCUGCAGAUUGGAAUCAUUACUAAACUGUGAAACUGUGCUGUGCAAUAUGCCUUCCUGUGUGUGUCUGAACAUGUAUGUAUGUGUGUUUGUGUUGAAUCUAAACGGCAUUGUCUGUUGUAUAUGGUGUCUAACAGAUUGUAUUAUGCUAAAAUUCCCUCGCACAAAAAAGGGGAGCAUAUCAGUACCUCACUAUCGCACACAUCCACACAUCUACGAUGCAACAUGCUUGUUGUUAAGCUUUACAUACCUGAACAUGCUAUUCUCGUUUGCAGUAGUCUAGUGUGAAUGCAGCAAAGGACUUAAUGUUUGUGAUGAAGAUGCUAUAAAGACUUAAAAAUGUUCAAAGCAUUAAAAAGAAUUUAGAGACAUGGAUACUAAAGCAUGCUAUUGUGCUUAUAUAUUAUCAAGGUAUGGUAUUGAUUGUACCAGUACAUGCUUCUGAAGACUAGCAUUUAUAAUUGUCCAUGCUAAAGCUCAGAUGCGGGCCGCACAUUCUCAGUUUAAUGGAAGUUGUUCACAGUACGUGCAACCAUUACAUUCAAUGUAGUGAGUGCCUUUUGGAAAUAA